GUCAAGGCAGCCAACAUGGCUGCUGCUCGCAUACCCGAUGGUUCCUUGUGAAUGUGUCCAAUUAUACGAAAUGCUCAGAUGGAUGUUGGACCGUUGUUGAAGUUGGACGAGCAAAAUUGAGUACAAAACCCACAGUGAGAUGCAAGGGGACGACAAAAGGAGCGACCUGUUUCUUGGCCAAGGAAACCCUGGGACCUGGGAUACGCGGCCAGGCUCGGAGUCCCGAGAGGCUGGGAAUGUGUCGGCGGCAUGGACGUCCAGCACAGCCUUGGGGCAGACUUCCUGCCGGAACCCCUGCGAGAGGGGCAUGGGUGGGGAAGACGUGGUAUGGAGUGGGGAUGAAGCAUCUGUGAUACACCGCUCAAGCAGCCUGGGAGGCCAGUGUGCUUCCACAGGGUCCAGCAAUAGUCAGCCGGUCCCUCGACACAAUAGGGGCACCUCGGCAGCCAACUCCUCAAACUCCUGGGCUGUCCACCGCCAGGGAAACCCUGGAAAACCUGGACUUGUCAGGGAAAUUGGCAGUUCCGGAAAACCCUCCAAUGACAGCACCUCCGAGGGUGCAGACCAGUUACUGGGCGCCGUUGGUGGAUCUGAGGAGACAGUGUCACAACCCUCGUCGCAGCCGCCGCAAUCGUCUCGCAACUGUCGGCCUCCUCGCCUGGGCCUGCUAGGCGGAGGCGAAACCUCGCUCAACAAUGGCUCCGCGGCGCCAGCCACGGGCUGGGGAGCUCCACCACCAGGCCCCCAGGGGGGAUGGGGCUCCGGGUCGGCACAGUGGGGCGCCACUGCCAACACGCGUGGUGGCCCCGAGUACGCGGCUGGAGGGCCAAAUGCCGGUGCAGACGCCGGUGGAGCAAGCUCCCCGACCAAACCGACAGCGGCAGCAACGGCAGGCAGCUGGGGUCAGGGCACUGCCACCGCUGUCACCAAGGUCACUGAAGCGUCAGACUCCAAGAGCUCUGCGGGAGCCCCUCGCAACAUACUGGAGGAGCCUGUAUCAGAACUGAGAAGAAUGGCGGCUUUCAGCGAGGGUUGGGGCCAGUCGCCUGUCAACCAAGAAUCGCCCUGGGAUGUUCCCAUCUCGCCAGGGACCAAAGAGCCACCCACGGGGCCCCCGUGGAGGGCCACCGUCAACAAUGGCACUGAGAUCUGGGAAAGCAAUUUGCGCAGCGCAAGGGCUGGCGGCAACAAGCAGCCCAACCCACCUCAGGCAGCACAGGGUUCGAACCAGUGCUCUCAGCAACAGCCCUGGGGCAGCCACACCCCAACCAGCCACAUUGGGGGAACCUGGGGUGAGGAGGAUGAUCCCCCGCCUUCAAACAUGUGGACGGGGGUGCCCACCCCCUCUCAGCAGGGUGGGCCCCGCUCGCAGUCAGAGGGCCCCCCUGCGUGGGGCGGCGACCACCACCGUGGAGGAGGGGGUGGAGACAAGCACUGGGGCGGCGGCCCUGGGGGAGGCCCGCCUCCGGGUUCCAACUGGGGGGGGCCACCAGAAGAGCGCGAUCCGCAGGGCCGGCUCUGGGGUGGUGGCGGAGGAGGCCGGCCCCCGCAUGGUGGCAUGGACGACGGCCCCAGCUGUGCGGCGUGGGGCGGCGGGCCCAAGGGAGGGGCCGGGCCACCUUCCAACGUGGGCACCUGGUCCCCUGUGGGAGGACCCAACGGCAAGCGAGAGUCUUCUGGCUGGGAGGAGCCUUCACCCCCGCCGUCGCGUAGGCCCGUGUCAAACUACGACGAUGGCACUUCGGUCUGGGGCAACCCUACGAGACAGGGCAAGGUGGGUUCUGCGGUGUCGCACUGGAAGGACAUGCCUUCAGUCAAGUCCAUCAGCGGCGGAGGCGGUGCUCCACCAGGCAUGCUCCGGAUGCCAAAGGACGGAGUCUGGGGCGGCGGCGGCAACAAGGGCCCCCGCGGAGGUGCCAACUGGGGUGACCCCAGCUGGGACGAACAGCAGCAGCACAAGGGCAGCUGGGGUGGCGGACCCCCACCCGACCAGGCCUACUGGUCCACCAAGCCCAAGGGCCCACCCUCGUGGGCUGACGGCCAGAUCGACACCUCCACCUGGGGUGGACCUUCGAAACAGGGUGGCAAGCCCCUUACCAAGGACCUCAUUUAUGCCAGCAAGCAGUUUCGCAUGCUCACCGACAUGGGAUUCAAGAAGGAGGACGUGGAGAACGCCUUGCGCAUGAACCAGAUGAACCUCGAGGACACCAUGAGCACCCUCCUUGCGGCGAAUCUCCAGUUUUCAGACGGCCAUAGGUUGGCAGUGGAGUUGAGGGCCAUGGCUGCCAGGGGAAAUGGAAACCAGGACCCAGGUCUCCUGGACGGCUCGGACUGCGGCUUCCCAGUUCGUCCCAAGAUGCGGCCCGACGAAGACCCCCACGGUCCAUUGGGGGAGGCGCCCUUCACGGGAUUCCACGCACCUGGCGGCUUCCAGGGGCUGCCCGUGUUCGGUGCUGGCUAUGGCGGUGGACAGGGCUUCAAGCUCCCACAGGUGAAGGGCUCCAACCCGGGGUCCAAUGCUCCAGCUAGUCUACUUAACAGCACGGGGAUGGGCGGGCAGAACUCUAGUCUGACGGUAGCAAACAGUAUUAGCAGCCUCAGCCCAGCCAUCGUGCAAAAGCUCCUCCACCAGUCACAACAGCAGGCACACUUCCCGGGUGGCGGUCCAGCAGGUGGUCCAGCAGGCAUCGGCGCUCGCCUGGGCCAGCCAAAUGUGCCGUCUGCAACACAGCUGCGUCUUCUGGUGCAACAGAUACAGAUGGCGGUGCAAGCUGGACAUCUCAACCCACAGAUUCUUAACCAGCCGCUGGCUCCCCAAACCCUGCAGCUGCUGUACCAGCUGCUGCAGCAGAUCAAGGUUCUGCACGCGCUGCAGCAGCAGCAGCAGGUAGGGCACAAGGCGCCAACCUCCAACCCGCUGCAGGUCAACGUGCAGCUCACACAGACCAAGCAGCGCAUCAUCAACCUGCAGAACCAGAUCGCCGCCCAGCAAGCACUCUUCCUGAAGCAGCAGAUGCCUCCGCCUCCGCAGCCCCCGCAACAGGUGCCACCUCAUGUUCCACUGCCUCCCACCGGACUGGGUGGUCCCCCAACACCACAGGACUUCCUUGGAGCCGGCAAGCCCGGCGGGGUCGAGGGCCUUCACUCCGACUUCCGUGACCUGACACUCAAGGACGCUGUGUCACACCAGCAGCAGCAACAGCAGCAGCAGCAGCAGCAGUCCCGCCUCAACCAGUGGAAGCUGCCGUCGAGCCUCGACGAGGAGAACAAGACCCCACAACAGAAUGGUGGCAGUGGUGGCGACUUCAGUCGUGCUCCGGGCCCAGUUUCCAAGCCUGGCAGCCUCUCGUCCUUCCUCGGUGCCUCCGACGGACCAUGGUCCACAGGGGCUUGCUCCCAGGACGGAUGGCCCGAUGCACCGCCUACCACUAGCUGCGCGGGUGGUACUUCCUCUCCCACUGAGGGCAAAGACUCUGGCAGCGUCGGUGGCUACAGCCUGAGCGACCUCGUAGCCGAGUUCGAGCCGGGCAAACCCUGGAAGGGCGCGUCUGCCCUCAAGAGUGCAGAGGACGACCCGCACCUCACACCCGGCAGUGUAGUGCGCUCGCCUCUGUCAGUCAACACCAUCAAGGACUCUGAGCUCUUUGGCGGCUGGAAGCAGAGCCCGCCAGGAGGGGAGGGCUCACUGGUCGCCUCUCUGGCCUCUCUCACUUCCAGCACCUGGGCAUUCACUCCCGCCAUGCAUGGGAGCGGAAAUGGAAGCGGUGCCUCUUCCAAGAGCAACGCCUCCAAAAGCAGCUGGGGUGGAGAGCACGUGACACCUAACCCGGACCCCUGGAACACCGCGCCCAAGAUUCGUGGCCCACCACCAGGCCUCACGUCGGGCUGGGAGCCGCCGCAGCAGAAGCAGACCUCCUCGGGCAACAACAACUUCCUGGUGCUCAAGAACCUGACGCCGCAGAUUGACGGCUCGACGCUCAAGACGCUGUGCAUGCAGCAUGGGCCCCUGCAGCUCUUCCACCUGUUCCUCAAGCACGGCCUGGCCCUGGCGCAGUACUCUACGUGCGAGGAGGCCUCCAAGGCCCAAUCAGCGCUACACAACUGCGUCCUCUCCAACACAACCAUGGUGGCUUACAUUCCUAAUGAGGUGGAGGUGGCCCAGUUCCUGCAGCAGCUCGGCAAUGGCCUAGGGCAGCACCCCUCGUCUCAGCAGCAGCAGCAGCACCAGCAUCUAGGCUGGGGCGCCCCUACAAACGCCUACCACCCGCCGCGCCCCGUUCAGUUCGCUCCAAGCCGCCCCGCCAAGCAGACCACGGAGCCGUGGAACACUGCCGCUCCUACCUCGGUGUCCUCGGCCGCAGUCUCUUCGUCCAACACCAGCCAUCUGUGGUCCUUCCCGGGUGCUGGCGGGGGCCUGUGGGCCGCGCCCCAGACAAGCCAGGCCGGUGGAAGCGGUGGCUCCAACCAGAUUGACCACGAUCACAGCGGAGGGCCCCAGUCGUCGCUCAACAAUUUCCUGCCUGGUGAUCUGCUCAAUGGCGAGUCCAUGUGAGUGACGGCCUUCCCUUCCUCGCAGCAGCGAAAAAAAGCAAAACAAAAAAACAAACCCGGAACUACUACUACAACUACAAAGGAGGAGCAGCAUGCGUGAGCCGGUGCCUUGCCGGCCCCCUUUUGUGAUAACCGCUUCUUUGUGGGGAGGGGGUGCCGAGCCAUGCUGAGCCGCAGCCCCCCCUCGAAAGCAAGCAGCGGGAGCCGCUGCUUGGGUCUCUCUUCUAUGUGUGUGUGUGCGUUUUAUUGGUCUAGUGUCGUUUGCAUGACCCCCCACACCCCCUUUCACCAUUUCUCCUCCGCUACACACACAAACCCUGACCCCCUUCCUCUGCCGCCGCCACUGCGCGCCCCCCCUAUGCCAAAACGACGACACAGACCGCCUUUAUCGUAGUUUUUUUUUCUUCUUUCAUUGUCUUGUUUCGUCGCGGGUACGUGUGUGUGCAUGAGUGAUUUGUGUUAUGCUUGCCUGUGUUGUCACGAGUGGGGAAGUCAAUCAAGAUGUAGAAGAAAUAGUAUAUACACACACACAUAAGAUAUAUAUAUAUAUAUUGAUAUUAUGCAUAUAUAUUAUAUAUAUAUAUAUUGACCACCUUUUACACGUGACUAAGAAUGUAAGAAAAAAAAAACUGGGAAAAAUUCCAAAAAAAAAA